AUGUCCACCCCAAUCACCUUCACCUCUUCUACUACCUCUGGCACCAUCAGUACCUCAAAUACUACCACAAUCACCAACAUCUGUGCCACCAAUACUACCACCUUCACCAUCACCUCCAAAUAUGCCCCUUUGAGAGACCACACAGAGAAGAUAAUAAAUUGCGUGACGUUCCCUCACCCAGACACAAUGCCUGAACAGCAGCUGCUGAAGCCAACUGAGUGGAGCUACUGUGACUACUUCUGGGCUGAUAAGAAAGACCCUCAAGGCAAUGGCACCGUGGUGGGGUUCGAACUGCUGCUCCAAAAGCAACUGAAGGACAAACAAAUGCAGAAAGAAAUGUCUGAAUUCGCAAGGGAGUUGAUUGAAGAAGAAUAUGCAAAGAACUUGGCUAAGCUCUCUCAGAACUCCUUGGUUGCACAGGAGGAAGACUCCCUGGGAGAAGCAUGGGCUCAGGUGAAGAAGAGCCUUCAUGCAGAUGAAGCAGAAGUUCAUCUCAAGUUCUCUGCCAAGCUUCAGAGCGAGGUAGAGAAGCCCCUAAUAAACUUUCAAGAGAACUUCAAGAAAGACAUGAAAAGGUGUGACCACCAUAUCGCUGACCUCCACAAGCAACUCACCAGCCACUAUGUGUCAAUGGAGAAGGCCCAGAAAGCCCUCACAGAGCAGCAGAGAGACCUGGAGAUGAAGACCCAGCAGCUGGAGAUCAAGCUGAGCAAUAAGACGAAGGAGGAUAUCAAGAAGGCAUGGAGGAAGUCCACACAGGCUGGUGAUGACCUCAUGUACUGUGUGGACCUCUACAAUCAGGCCCAGUCUAAGUGGUUUGAAGAGAUGGUGACUACCACUUUGGAGCUGGAGCGACUGGAAGUGGAGAGGGUGGAGAUGAUCUGGCAACAUUUGUGCCAGUACACACAGCUGCGGCACGAGACGGACAUGUUCAACCAAAGCACAGUUGAGCCUAUGGACCAACUGCUUCGAAAAUGGACCCAGCCAAAAACAGAGCUGUGGGUCAGAGAGCACAAAACGGGCAACAUUCGCCCUGUGGACAUGAAGUUCUAG